CCACAGCAGGUCAACAUAUUCAGCGCAAGAGGCGGCGCAACAACAUGGGCUGAGCCUAUCUGCAGGGAGAAACGAGCUGAAGUCGGUGCCGCUCAGUGGUCGUCAUUUCACCGAUGAGGAGCUGAGACACCGGACAUGGUGACACGUGGAUCCCCGUGGGCGAGAGGACCCACCGGCCACUACCACCACCCCCAGCAGCAGCAGCAGCAGCACCAGCAUUGGACGGAUUAACCGGUCGUCGCAUGGGUGUGUGCGCGUCUUUCCACUGCCGGACCCGGCGAUGCGCUUAUUAAAGGAAACUGGGUUCGCAGACAUCCGGAAAACGCAUCCAUGCGCCACGGCCGCUCCGCAUCCAGAUAUGCUGCUGACAACACAAAGCCUGGCUUCAAGGAGCUGCCACAAGAACCCGCACAUGCACGUCGGCAUGGGUGCGUCAACACGGUUGUUUCGCGACGUUUUGCGGACGAGACGAGUUUUGCAAUGAGAGAAUCGGGAUUUAUCAAGUGAGACUUUUAUUGAUACACAAUCCGACAAUAUGGCUGAUCAGAGCAACAUCCAGUCCGCCGCCUCCAAGAGUAUCAGGCCCUUUAAAUCCAGCGAAGAGUACCUGUACGCCAUGAAGGAGGACCUGGCCGAGUGGCUCAACACCCUGUACGACCUGGACAUCACUGCGGACACCUUCAUGGACGGCCUGGAGACCGGCUGUGCGCUCUGUCGGCACGCCAACAACGUGAACCGCGCAGCGCACGACUUCCAGCUGGAGAACCCGGAGGCUGCACAGUCCAUGAAGCUGCCGUCCAAAGAUGUUGUCUUCCAGUCGCGCAACGUCGUCCCCGGCUCGUUCCUGGCGCGGGAUAACGUGUCCAACUUCAUCAGCUGGUGCAGGCAGGAGCUCUGGAUCAAGGACGUCCUCAUGUUCGAGACCAACGACCUGGUGGAGAGGUGCAACGAGAAGAAUUUCAUCCUGUGCCUCCUCGAAGUGGCGAGACGCGGGUCCAAGUUCGGCAUGUUGGCCCCCAUGUUGAUCCAGCUGGAGGAGGAGAUCGAGGAGGAGAUCCGGGACCAGGAGAGCCUGAGGAUCGAUGCCGGGGAGCCGGUGGAGCAGAGCCCGCCCAGCAGGUGCUUCAGUCGGAAGGAGAGCCAGAGCCAGAGCCAGAGCUUGGAGGAUGAAGAGGAGCCUGAUCCAGAGCCCUUCGUCUGGCAGCAGAAGAGAGUUUUAUGUGACAUGAGGAAUUUGGAUGAGUUGGUCCGUGAGAUUCUGGGUCGCUGUUCCUGUCCGGCCCAGUUUCCUAUGAUCAAGGUGUCCGAAGGGAAAUACAAAGUGGGAGACUCCAGCGCUCUGAUCUUCAUUCGGGUCCUUCGGACUCAUGUGAUGGUGCGUGUUGGAGGGGGCUGGGACACAUUAGAGCACUAUUUGGACAAGCAUGACCCAUGUCGCUGUGCUGCUUUCGCCCACCGUUACCACCAGGCUAAAGCCAGUGGAGGUCAGGGGGCCCAGAGCAAGUCCUCCAGCGCCCACUCCUCCCGCUCCACCAGCCCAGGACCACAUUGGAGAAACGAUGGCAUCGCACCUUACAAACCCCCUGACAGACGCUCCCUGGAGCCCCUCGCUGCUCCCUGUGCCUCCUCCUCCUCGUCCUCCUCCACACGGUCGGGCCGAUCUCAGAGCUCCGCCGUCCACGCUGAGCCCGACUCGGCUGCAGUACGAACUCUCCUCCCACGGCCGCCACGAGACCGCUCAGAGCCCCGCCACUUUAAUCCUCUCAGGUAUAAGGAGACAAUGUUGCCAGUGACAAGACGUCUGUCUGGAGACAGCGACUCCUCUACAGCCUCCUCUAAGGGCGGAGGAAGUGGAGGAGGAGGAGGGGGACGUCAUUCUCUUGGUGGUCCUUCGCGGCGUUCUGGUGAAGAGGUAGUCCUGCUUGUCAACCGCAAGGAAGGGAAGCAUAUGAUUGAGAGGCCUGGAGCUGGAAAUCAAACCCCAUCCCUGCGUCCCUCGCUGCCUCGUGCUCGCAGCCAGUCACGGGAACGCUCUACGCUCGCUCCAGUACUCAAACCGAACCCACCGCAGGGAUCCUCUGAUGGAGCUCGGACGUCUCGCACUGAGAGGGGCCGCUCGCUGGGCAACGAGGGCCCGAGGAGGUUCCACGCUCCUCGUUCCCAUAGCCAGAGUAAGGUACCCAGUCGUACUCGGUCCAUUGACGUCAGUCCAGGUCCCAGUCUGUCCCACAGAGACACUCAGCCCCCAGCGUCAGACAGACGAGAGGAUCUUCGGCCCAAACAAGCGCUCCCAUCCUCUCCCAGAGUGGCUGGUGGGUUCUCCAAGAGGCAGUCAUCCUCAUGCUCAAACUCACCAAUCAAAGGAGUUCAGAGCAACAGCAACCCCAGCAAGAAGACUAUAACCACCCCUAGACCCCCUGCCCCUCGCUCACCCUCCAUAGGUAAAGGCAGACUGCUGCCACCUGUCACCUCAGGAGGGAGACGGUCACCACACUCAUCUCCUCGCAACUCUCAUCAUCAUGCGUCCCGCCCACCUCGAAUCUCACAGGGCACCCGCUCUGCUGGGCGAGGCCACCACAGAAUCUGGUCUGGUGUGGAGCGACAGCAGCCUGAGGAGGAAGGCCUGGGCUUUGGCUUCCAAAUGCUGCCAACGUUAGACCCUCAGAGGGAGCAGGACCUGUAUCGCAGCUUUGAGGCCGAGUUUCUGGCCAAUACGCAGCAGGUGAAAGGAGUAUUUACAAAAGCUCCAGGAGGAGCAGCGCUGCAGGGAGCUGGGACAUGUCCAGUGCCAGCUAUCACUGAUCCUAAUGUUACUGACUCUGCUUAUUCCUCCUCCAACUCCUCCACAUCCUCCUUGAAUGUGGGUGCAAAGAUAGGAAAUCUCCCUGACCUCAGAGAAUCCAAGAGAACUAACCGUCCCUUCUCAAUGGACGACCCCUUGAAUUUACUUUACGGGCACAAUUUUGGUGGCUCACACAGCCAAGGAGAGCCAGAGCACUGGGGCGAUCGUAGCGGGGGUCUCAAGAAGCUCCCGGCCAUUUCUAGUUCAGUAGAGGAAAGUGAAAUUCCAUCUUCCCUUCCGGGUCUUGGAGACACAGAGUUGAUGAAUCAGAUCCCCUCACAGCCUGCGUUCCACUGUAGGAACAUGAAUGGAGAGCAUGGAGGUUGCCCUCCUACAGGGGGCCUCGCAGGUCAACAGGGUCAGCUCGGCUGGGGCACACGGCCUGAAGGAAACGUACCUCUGGAAAAUCACCAGCCGAACUUACCUUAUGACCUGGAAAAUGGUGACGGGAGCGAUGACCUCCCACCUCCAGAGGCUUGUCCAUCACCUGUGCCCCUCCCCCCCUCUGAGGACUGCUCCUUCCAGGAUUCCUCAAGUGAAAACUCUUCCAUGUGCUUCAGCUUGAGCGAAUCCCGCUCCGAGUCCCCUCCACCUACUUCACCCUUAACUAAUGGGGACGCUGAUGGGGAAGUGCUGCAAACAAAGAAACUGCAGAAAAAAUCAAACAGUGUAGACUCGAUCUCUAAGCACAAACUGGGAGCCAGGUUCAGACCCCGCACUGACAACAGACCAGAAAACAGCCGAUCACGUAUCCCCACCCCGGUCAGCUACAGAGACCUGCAGGCUAAUGACACUCUCUCCCCCUGUCACACCCCACCACUGUCCCCCCAGAGCUCCCACCAUCCUGGUCGUCCAGCCACAUGCAAGAGCCUCCACCAGGCCUUCGCAGACAUGAUCAAUCCUCAGCCCCGUUCUCCUGCCAUGGGCAACAAAGACUGCCCCUUUGCUGGACAGUCAGGCAGCCUGGACACUGAAGCUUGGAUGUAGCACAAAACUGUUGGAUAUGACACAGAGGGUGGUUGCCAUGAACUUGAACUACUGUGUAAAAAAAAGACUCAAGACUGGGCUAUAGACUGUUUCCACUGCAUGUCACACACUCCUUCGUUUUCAUUUAGUUUCUCCCCUGAAUACCUGCAGGGGAUUCACGUUGCUUUUUUUGCACUUAAGCCAAAAUUAUUUAUUACCAAAGGAAUGGUUUUUAAUAUUACUGUAAGUUUUAAUGUCUGCAUGGGGAUGCUUUUGCCAAGACACUUGUGAACUUCUCACGGUUGAUACUCAAAGAUAGAGAGAGAGCAUAUGUGCUGCCAUGUGCCCCACUAAGGGGCAUGGGAAAGUGCCAGGGAUUUAAAACUGCAACUCUAUACACAGCGUAAACACUAAACCGUUAGUCACACGGAGUGGCUCCCUCUUGUGGUUUGCCUCUCUGCUUGCCUUGGUAGUCAAAAUGCUGGUAUGAUGACUGCAAUUUCUUUCAGUGUCUCUACAUUAGUGGUCUUCAUAUACGAUUCUGUAAACUCAUAUUCAUAGUAUACUAAUCGGUCACAUAGACAAAGGUACCCCCAUCAUUCUUCUAUCUUUAUCAACUACCAAUUUCUGUACAGUUGCCUGGUGUUAAUGUCUGCUUUUCACAGUCAAUCAGUGUAGUCAAGAUAGAUAAUAUUUGUUUUUCGAAUGCUUAAUGUGUUAAGAUUUUGUUUUAAUGCAGUACAACAUUUUAACUUUGAAGUGGAUUAAGUGUAAAAAUAUGAGAAGCGGUGAAAGUUCUUUUACUUUGUGUCAUUGCCACUGAAACAGAGAUGUUGAGAGCUCUUCCUCUGACCAAACUGUACUCUAGAAUACAAUGCGAUAUAUAUGUGCAGGAGUCACAUGCUUAGGAGUCUGAAUGUGUAAAUACAUGUGCUCUCUGAGGGAUGUGGGCACUUUGUACAUAAAAAGGCAUGGAAUAUACAGUUUAAUGUACAUAUUCACUGUAUUAAGUUCUGUGCUGCCUUAGCUAUGCAAUAUUGGUGUUGAAAAUGCCUUGACUAUUCCCUUUGCCUUAAAAUUUUAUUCACAGGUUAUUUUCUGAAUGUUUUUGCUCAACAUCACUGAGAUCUCUUUGGUAACACUACAUUGCCGUCAUUUACUGUUUAUAAUAAUGGAUAUUGAAGAGUUUGGGUGUGUGAAUGCGGAGAAAAAAGUGAGGAACUUUGCCAAUUUGAGUCAUAAAUUAUACUUGACGUAGAUGUACAAUUCAUGACAAGGAUGUGAAAUGAAUUCCCUCUUGUUUUGGAACACAAGAAGCCAGAUAACCCACUUAGCAGAUGGAUUUCAAAGACACAAGCUAUGGGGACAUCUAGUGGCUCAAGAAAGACAUGUUUUAUUCACAGUAAAAAUAGAUUAUCUUGACACUGUUCCCUUUUCUUGAUAUGUUUAUGAGACAUAUCCUGGUGCUGAUUAGAGCCGUUAGAGCUGUUAACAAUGGUAUGAUGUGGUGAAGUUCGGUGGAUGAAGAAUGACUCGAGUGUCUGCAUGUGUGCAAAGGUGCAUGAAUAAUAGAUACUGUAACUGGAUAUCGAGGUUCCUUUGUGAAGCUCUUCCACAGAUGUCAUCAAUAUGAGAGGCCGGUCUGCAGCUACAGAGCUUACAGAUCUCUUUUUUGAUGUGGACUUUGUAUAUUGUGUUUGAAAGUUGAAAAAGUUGGAAGUUUGCUGUCAGUGUUCUGCAGAAACCCCAUAAACUCCAGAACAUUUUUCUACAAAAUCAGUGACCAUUUGUUUUUAAGAUUUGAGAUAAUUUUGAUAAAUAUUUCCAACAGAGAUGUGGGGAGGCAAUAACAGGUAUAAAAGGAAGAAAACAUUUUUUGAUAAAAUUGUUUUUGCAGAACACUAACAAUGAUUAGGUUAAAAAAAGGAGUGUGUAUAUGUUUGUGUACAUACUGUGUGAGAAUAUGUACAGAAUUGGGGUAAGGAAGGAUGUGAUGUUGGUCUAAUUUAUUUAUUUAUGAAAUCGAUGCUCAGUGGGCUCAAAUGAUAUCUGUGUCCAAAGUACUUUAAAUAAAUAAGUGUUUAGGGGAAUCCAAAUGAGGCGAGGCAUUCUAAGAUGUCUGAGUUUGCUCAGCAGUGUACUGUAAAGAGAAUUAAUCCAUUUGAGAUGUGUCCGGUUAAUAAAAACUGGAAUGAUCCUGCAGACGCGCUGAACAUAUUUCGUCGUUUCCCAUCAUUCAAAAACACAGUAAUUUGAUUUAUUGCUGACUCCUCACUGCUACAAAUAAUUUAUGAUCUAUCAGUAUUGUUAGAGCUACAUUGGUUGAAUAUGUAGCUGGUUAUCAGUUUCACUUGUAUUAACAGAUUAUUAUAUGUAUCCUAAUUAUUUUCAUUUUGGUUUAUUUGAAGACAUUUGCAUCUUGAAAUCGCUCAGUCAUGUGAACUGUGACUUCUUGCAAACACAGACAUAUAUUUGGUUCUCAGUCAUAAAAUGAGUGAUUGUCCGCUAGUUUGCUCUUUGUCCGGCACAACUUUACAAAUUUCACUCCUCCGUGUUCUCAGUCGGCAAAAUCUGAAUGUUUGUGAUCAGACAGUUUCUUGUUUGCUAAUGUCAUUUUCACAAAAAACUUCAGUUCAGUGUAUAGAUUGCUUGACAUUGUGGAAUUUGUGUAUAUGAAAUAGCAAUACUGCAACAUUUCACUCUUUUUUGAAGUUGAAAAGACUGUCAAGUUGUUCUUGUAAUAAAUAUUUUCUUCUGAAAUUUAA